AUGAUAUCCAAGAUUCGGUGUGCGAGGCCGGGAGCUCAGGAGAGGUGGAACUUGGAAGUGGCGAACGCGCUCAGUGUACAAUCGCACGGCCGCUGCGCGCACGCACCUUUGCAUUCGCCUAGUGAGACGCCGUUGCACCCGGCGCCCCGUGACAAUGUUGAACUGCACCGAUCUGGAAUGCAUUUUGCACCACCACCACUACUACGCCCAUCUGCACCACAUACACCACCUGCAGAAUGCGCAGGAUUCAGAGCGAGCGGUAAACAUCAGAAAUGGGAUCUUUACCAUACAAAGACAUUCGCGGAGCGAGUCUAUCGUUUUCACUCAGAGUUACUUGAACUGAAGGAACUACUCGAAGGAACCGGCUCCGACGCAAUGCAUAAUAAGUGA